GCACCGUUUUCUUGGCAGGUUCGCCCGCGAGGAAAAAGUCACACUACGCGUAGACUUUGACGAAAUCGCAGAGAAAUCGACCAUGCGAAGGCGAAGGCGACGAUAUUUCUUAUUACUUUCAUCAAUUUCCGAUUAAUCGCCUCGCUCUUUCGCUCCAAUCUCCGUCGCCUGAUCGCCGAUCAUUUCGGAAACUAGGACGUAUCCGUCGACGCUGCGAUUCGAAUUCUCUCGUCGUUGAUUUUAUUCUCCGGCGGUUCAGUUUGGUCAACAGAGCAGAAGGAACAGAGCGAUUUUCUGGUCAGUUUGCUAGAGAUGGAAGAGAUGAUCAAGAACCAUGUCCUACGUUUCCUCCCCGCCAAAUCUCUCUAUAGAUUCAAAUCCGUCUCCAAAUCCUGGAACCGUUGGAUCUCAUCGCCCUUCCUCGCCCACCAACAAUCCACCCACUUCACCAAGACCUCCGGCUUCUUCUUCUCCGACGAUCGUCACUAUCACUACCCCUUCUUCAUUCCCCUCCACCCGCCCUCGAACGGCGUCCCGGUCCCCUCACUCUCCUUUCUACCCGUCCCCGUCACCAUCCGCGCCACCUCCCACGGCCUCCUCUGCUGCCAAACCAUUUUCCCGGACAUCACUUACUUCCUAUGCAACCCCGCCACCGAAGAAUGGACCAAACUCCCCGACCCCAUGUUAUUCCACUCCCCAGACUCCUCUGCUAUCGCUCUUCAUUUCAGCCCCUCUACUUACAACUUCCAAUCCCACUUCCAAAUUGUGUGUGCUGUCCCCUCUGAUUCUCUCAAAGCUGUCUUCUUUGAGAUCUACUCCUCCAGGACCAACUCUUGGAGAGUGGCUGACUCCGAAUACUUCUACGAUGACGAUCAGGAAUUGGCGUUUAGAGGGGAUGGGUUUUGCGUGGACGGGUUCGCGUAUUGGGAGGCUUCGAACGGCAUUGCUCUCGGGUUCGAUUUGAAGUAUGAACAACAUGGGGAGAUCCGGCUGCCUCCUGGGCAUGGCGAGGAGGGUGCUUUGGUGGAGAUGGAUGGAGAGUUGUGCUACAUUAUGCCACAAAAGGAAGAGAACGGCUGUUAUAAUUUGGGUGUCUAUGGGGGGCUUAACAUGGUUUUGAAGCGUCAAAUUCCACUUGAUUUUGGGGAUUUGAGGAUUAUUGAUGGCGAUGAUGAUGGGGAGGUGAUGAUGAUCAGAGUUCUAUCUUGUGUGAAUGAUGGCCGUGUGGUGGUGAUUCUUGUGGGGGCCAAUAAUGUGGUCUUGUAUGAUGUGGGGGAAGGGAAGGGAAUAAGCCUGGUGAAACGGGUCGUCGGAUGCGGCCCGACGGGUCGGGGCGACUCCAGGCGGUGUCUGCCUUAUAUCAAUAGCCUUGCGGGGGUGUGUCCGGUGGAGAAGAUGCCGGCGGAGGAUCAUCAUGUUAUUGCUGAAGUUUUGGAAAACAUGAGCUUUGAUUAGGGAUUGAUUUAUGAUCAUUAUUAUUCUAUGGAGGAUCGAACUCUCUUCAUGAUUGGAGGUGUCAAUCACCACUUGCUUUAGCAUCAUAUGGUUAUGGUUGUAAAGAGGGUAAUAAGAUCCUCUGUGGUAUAUUGAGAAAUUUAUCCUUGCAUUGGAUUCAUUGUGUGGGCAGAUUUCCCCAAUGUGUUGUAAAAUUGUAAUGAUGUUGUUGCAAAAACAUAUUGAAUAUAAGUAAU